UAGAGUUAAAACCUACUUUAAUUAAAUUACAUUUUAUUUUAUUUUCAGAGCUAAAAACAUCCCCCAUAUCUGUGUACUUAGGACCACAUAGUAUGCAAAAACUAGUUUGCCAGAUCACUUGUGCUUGUGUUUUCAGGGCGACGUGGCGAACGAGGUGGAGACGGAGCAGAUCAUCCACGACGCUUCGGUCAUGUCGUUGACGGCGGGCAGUUUCUCCUCCUGUGUUCAGGUCCGAGGCUCGGUUCCUCUGUACUGGUCCCAGGACAUCUCCACCAUGAUGCCCAAACCACCCAUACGCUUGGACCAGGCCGACCCAUACGCUCACGUCGCUGCUCUUCACUUCGAUCAGAUGCUGCAGAGGUUUGGCUCGCCCAUCAUCAUCCUCAACCUCGUCAAGGUGAGAUCCAGUAUUUCCCAUUCCAGAAACUCCACGUCCUCCAUUUCACCCCAAAAUCAGGAGGAAAUUAUACUUUGCAUUAAGAGAAACCACUAA